AUGAAAGUCAAAGCUAUUAAACAUGAAAUCAAAGUCGGCUACUAUUCACCGAUUACUGCUGAUGGUACAAUACUUGUCAAUAACAUUGUUGCAUCCGUCUAUGCACGUAUCAACAACCAUUACGUAGCUCAUUUUAGUAAUGCUCCAAUGAGAUGGUAUUAUCGAAUUAUGAAAUAUUUCGAAGUUGAUGAACCAUUUCAAACAAAUGCAAACGGGCAGAAGCAUUGGACACAUAGCUUAUUAAUUCAAUUAGGAAAAACAUUUACACCACAACUCUUUAUUUAA